UUUGAUGGUUGAUAAAGUGUUCUGUACAUGUGCGUUGAGAUUGGUGGAAAAGCUCCGGCCAUUUGCCACAAAUGGCACUCCUGUGAAUAUGGAAGAGAACUUUUCUCAAUUGACCUUGGACGCAAUAGGUUUAUCCUUGUUUAAUUACAAUUUCGACUCGCUAACUUCUGAUAGUCCGGUUAUUGAUGCGAUUUACACUGCACUCAAAGAGGCAGAGGCUAGGUCCACUGACAUUUUGCCAUACUGGAAGGGUUUCUAGCGUCCAGCUACGAGAUGACCUGCUAUCCAUGUUGGUUGCUGGUCAUGAAACCACUGGCUCAGUAUUAACAUGGACUCUUUAUCUUCUAAGCAAGGAUUCCUCUGCUCUAAAAAAGGCACAAGAAGAGAUUGAUAAAGUUCUAGGAGGAAGGAUUCCUACAUAUGAUGAUGUGAAGGAAUUGAAGUACUUGAAUCGUUGCAUACAUGAAUCAAUGCGCCUUUAUCCACACCCACCUGUUUUGAUAAGGAGGGCUCAAGCUGCUGACAUUCUUCCAGGAAAUUUUAAAGUUAAUGCAGGGCAAGAUAUAAUGAUUUCAGUUUAUAAUAUUCAUCGAUCUCCCCAGGUCUGGGAAGGAGCAGAAGAGUUUGUACCUGAAAGAUUUGAUUUGGAGGGACCCGUUCCAAAUGAGACCAACACUGAUUUCAGAUUCAUACCAUUUAGCGGCGGACCACGCAAAUGUGUUGGCGACCAGUUUGCUUUGUUAGAAGCCAUAAUUGCCCUUGCAAUUUUUGUGCAAAAUAUGAAUUUUGAGCUGGUUCCUGAUCAGAAGAUCAGCAUGACGACCGGAGCAACCAUUCAUACAACAAAUGGCUUGUACAUGAAGUUGAGUCCUAGGAAUAUAUAGGAAGACAAUUUUUUCUCUCUUGAAGAUCCCUAAUGUUGAAAUAAUACAAAUGUCUUCAGGAGUCGUAUCAUACAUCUGAAGUGAGAGAUGGUUUGCCCAACAAUAAUAUUCAUUUCCCUUUGUUUGGAAAACAAAAAAAAAUCCAACUUCAAAGAAGAAGAGAAUUUUGGAGAUCCCCCUCUGCCACACCAAAACUGUCAAAAAAAAUUUCAAUUUACAGAUGAGUUCUUUCGAUCCCCAGAAGAAUAUGUACAUCUCUGUACAUUUUUGUUUGUGCUUGCAAUAUCAUUGUUUAUUAUUUUGCGAAAUUCAUUUAGAAGCCUCCCUUUUCUACUGCAAUGCUCUAGAGCAUCUACUUCUGCUGUACUAAGACCCCCCGGUCUAGGAUUUGAACCCUACCUUUGGAGACUGUUACCUUAAGUAAGGCUGUCU